GUAUAGCCUGCCUCCAGCUUUAGCCAAACCUUAGUAUAGGCUUCUCAGCUUUAAGAGGGGAGAGAGAAGCGAGGCGUUCCUCUUCACUCUAGGCCCAGAGAAAAAGAGCAGGCUCCCUCGAGCCCCCGGGUGUCCGGCUCUCUACCAGCCCCGCCUCCACCCCCAGAUUGCCCCGAGGCAACCCCGCAGAUUCUGGAGAAGGGAGGAGCCAACCCCAGAAACAGCCCCAUCCGGUUCGCGCAACAGCAGCAGUAACAGCAGGCUUGAGAAGCGGCUGCAGGUACCGGGAGACACCAUGUCCGGCGAGUCCGUCCGCAGCCUGGGAAUAGGCAGCGCUCAGCCCGGCCCCGUGCCGCUGGGAGUCAUCCGGGUGUACAGCAUGAGAUUCUGCCCCUUCUCGGAAAGAACCCGGCUCAUCCUGAAGGCCAAAGGAAUCAAGCAUGAGGUCAUCAAUAUUAACUUGAAAAACAAGCCUGAAUGGUUCUUUAAGAAACAUCCCCUUGGUCUAGUACCACUUCUGGAGACCAGUAAGGGUCAGCUGAUACAUGACUCUACCAUCAUUUGUGAAUACUUAGAUGAAGUUUAUCCAGGAAAGAAGCUGUUUCCAGAAGAUCCAUAUGAGAAAGCUUUACAAAAGAUGACUUUGGAGUUAUUUUCUAAGGUACCAUCUUUGUCGAAGAGUAUUCUUGUAGCAGGACGAAAUGGGGAAGACUGCACCACUCAGAAAGCAGAACUCCGUAAGGAAUUCAGCAAACUGGAGGAGGUUCUUACCCGGCAGAAGACAACUUUCCUUGGUGGAAACUCUAUAUCUAUGGUUGAUUACCUCAUCUGGCCCUGGUUUGAACGGUUGGAAUCAUAUGGGAUAACUGACUGCCUGGACCACACCCCUGCUCUGAAGCUGUGGGUCACCGCCAUGAAGAAGGACCCCACAGUCGAAGCUCUCCUCACUGAUGUGAAGACAUUUAAUGGCUUCUUUGAUCUCUUCUUUCAAAAUAGUCCUGAUGCCUUUGACUAUGGGCUAUGAGGUGAUGUGUUGGAGCUCCAGCUAAAUAAUCUGUUGCUUCACCAUUGGAUAUUUCCAACAUAUCCUUACAACAAAAUAAUAAUGUUUGAGCUUGUCUAAGGGCUGAUAAUCCUUAUUUUCUAAGAAGCUUUCAAUAAAAAUCUUAAAAUGUCCUAAAUGAAAGAAA